AUGGACAACACCGCGCAUCACAUCGUCGCCAUUGAGGGCGUUCAUUGCCCAAUUCCGGAAUUCGAUCUCCCAGGGCCCCAUACUCGAGUCGUUCACCGGUUGACAGCUCAAUCAGAGCUUCCCGAGCGUGUCAAAGAUGCCACGAUUAUUAUCACCACAACGACCCGCUUGACAGCGGAAACUCUAAGCCCAGAGAACACCCCAAAACUACGCCUCAUAGUGAUCAUGGCGAGCGGCACCGACUGUGUCGAUGUAGCUGCUGCGACAGCUCGAGGAGUCACUGUAUGCAAUUGCCCAGGUAGCAAUGUUGCCAGCGUCAGUGAACACGCCAUUGGACUUUAUUUUGCAGCUCGGCGGAAGUUCGUUGAACUCCAUAAUGCCACAGUCGCUAUCCCCUCAGAUCCAUCACUUGAUACGGAGUGGAAGACCCGUGGCUCAUUGCUCAGUCGGGUCCGUGCACCCGAUGGAAAAGCACCAAUGCUGUGUAGCGAUGAGACAACUUGCAUUGUUGGAUAUGGAUCCUUGGGGAAACAUAUCGAGAAAAUGGCGAAGGGUCUUGGUAUGAAUGUGAUUAUCGCUGAGCGCAAGGGCAUAUCCCCUCGGCCUGGCCGAGUCGGAUUUGAAGAGGCUUUAAAGAUGUCGACAGUGGUGAUUUUGUGUUUGCCCCGGAGCGCCGAUACUAUCAACAUGAUCUCCACUGCGGAAUUCAAGAUGAUGUCACCCCAUGGAUUGCUGAUCAAUGUCGCCAGAGGUGGUAUUGUCGACGAGCAAGCCCUGGUUGAUGCUCUCAAGAGUGGUGCAAUCUCCGGUGCGGCAACGGAUGUCUAUACCAAGGAACCUGCUGGGAGGGGAGACUCUCCUUUGCUUGGCACCGAGGCAGUGGGAUUGAACUUGACCCUGACUCCUCAUCUGGCGUGGUAUUCGGAAAACACAUUGCAAAAUCUCACGGCCGCUGUGAAGACCACCAUUGAGAAAUGGUGUCGUGGUGAGACCAUCAAUCAAAUCCUCUAA